ACAAACAAGAGUUUAUUUCAUUAGCAGUCCACACAAAUGGCUAAAUUGGCCUUCUCCGCGGCGGUCCUCUUGGUCCUCGUGGCCCUCUCCGCUGCUGAAGGGGAUAACAUCCUGCAGCUGCCAUGCAAACUUCAGCUCCAGCAGAGCUCACUUGACUCGUGCCGGCAGGUCGUGGACAACCAGUUGGCCGCUCGGAGGCCCUUCUUCCUCUCUCCACAAGCUCUCAUCGCCAAGUGGGUGCAGGCGCACUGCUGCCAACAGCUCCGGGACAUUAGCCACGAGUGUCGUGCCACCGCCAUCCGCCAGAUCGUGAGUCAGUACGAGCAUCAAGCCAUGGUUCCACUCGGAGGAGGAUCAUACUACCCCGGCACAGACAAGGAACAACAAGGAGAUGUACAACAAGAACAAAGCUGGAAGCAGCAGCAGCAACAUCUGCAAGGACAAGGGUUGUUCCAGCAUAGUGAAACUUCUCCGCAGCAGCAAGGGCAAGGGUGGUACCUUCCUGGCCACCCCGGCCAGACUGUUCCACAGCAGCAAGGGCAAGGAUGGUACCUUCCCAGCCAAACUUUUCCACCGCAGCAAGGGCAAGGAUGGUACCUUCCCGGCCAGACUUUUCCGCAGCAGCACGGGCAAGGAUGGUACCUUCCCGGACAAACUUUUCCGCAGCAGCAAGGGCAAGGAUGGUAUCCCGGACAGACUUUUCCACUGAAGCAAGGGCCAGGGUGGUACAUUCCCAGCCAGACUUCUCAGCAGCAGCAAGAGCCAGAGUGGUACCUUCCCAGCCAAACUUUUCCGCAGCAACAGCCAGGGCCGUACCGCCCCAGCCAAACGUUUCCACAGCAGCAACAACCAGGGUCAUACCACCCCGGCCAAACUUUUCCGCAUCAACAACAGCAGGGCGGAGGGUUUUCCGGCGAUUCAACAGUACAGCAACAAAAGAAGUCCUUUGGCGACAUCUGGCAUAGCAUCUUCCACCAUGGCCAAAAGCCAGCAGCUGGACAUGAGUCGUUCGGCGAGGCCGCACAGCAUCAAGAGCAAGGGCCGUCCUACACCAGCGAAACUUUUCCACAACAACAGCACAUGGAAGGGUCCUUCGGCGAGUCGACCACGAAGCAGCAGAAGGGAAGCCAGGACCCCUCCCACUUGCCACAACAGGAGGGACAAGGUCAGUCAGCCCGCCUGGAGUUGGUCACUAGGGCGAGGCAGGUCGCAGCGCAGCUGCCGGCGAUCUGCCGGCUGGAGGGCCAGUAGGUGCUAGGCUAGAACUCUCCUUGCUCGCAUGUUGCUUAGGCAUGCAUGCACCCCUUAGCUUGAUAAUAAAUGUGACGUGUGGUCACUGUGUUUGAUGCAACUAUAAUAAGAGUCCAUGAAUA